AUGUGCAAACUCUGCCAAAAGACUGUUUCCGCGCCCGACGCUAACACAACAAACCUCUUUUACCACUUGAAGAAGGUCCACGAAAAAGAAUACGGGAGAAUCGAAGAAAUGCGACGUAAAGAAAGUUGUGAAACAGCCUGGGCAAGUGGCGAGAAAAAAUAUAGCCAGCCUAAAAUUAAAGAGUCUUUCAUAAAAAGCACACCGUAUGAAAAAACAUCCCAGCGCCAUAAAGAAAUCACAUGUGCCAUCUUGCAUUACAUUUGUAAAGGCAUGACCCCCGUGUAUGCAGUUGAGAAGGGUAGCUUCCGAGACCUCGUCAAAGUCCUUGACCCGAGGUACGUUAUGCCCAGUCGUAAGCACUUCAGUAAAGUCGAGUUGCCUCGCUUAUAUAACGCAUGCCGGUCCCAAGUAGAGAAGGAUGUUCGCAGUGUGGUCCAUUAUGCCUUGACAACUGAUCUGUGGACGAGCAGAGCUACGCAGCCCUACAUGAGCGUAACCAUCCAUUACAUCAGCAAAGACUGGAUCCUCUGUGCUCACUGUUUACAGACUGCGUACUUUCCAGAUGACCACACGGGAGCCAUGAUAGCCCAAGAGAACACUCUGAAAGCUCUCACACCAGCAUCUACAAAGCAGGCUGUGGAACGUGCAGUUGGAGUCUGUAAAAAGGUGGUCAGUGCCUUCUCCAACUCAUGGAAGAGAAAACGUGACUUGGCCAAGGCACAAGCAGUGCUGGGCUUGCCUCCCCAUCAGCUCAUCACUGAAACCCCUACAAGAUGGGGCUCUCGGCAGCAGAUGAUAGACAGGUUCCUUGAACAGGAGAAAGCUCUUUCACAGGUCCUCCUUGCAGACAAGAAGGCAAGACACCUGGUGCCAAGCUGGCAAGACAUGGUGGUGCUAGAGUCCUUAAACACAGCACUGGGUCCACUGUUCGAGUUUAUUGAUGCUUUGUCAGGGGAGAAGUAUGUCAGCGUGUCUUUUCUGAAGCCGGUAAUGCACCUCUUUAACAACGAAAUCCUCAGCCAGCAGGAUGGGGAUACAGAGCUCACAAAAGAAAUAAAAGUGGGCAUUCUCAAUUACCUUAAUGAAAAGUAUGAUGACCAUACCACCAACAACCUUCUGGACAUGGCGACACUUGUUGACCCACGGUUUAAGACAGCCUACAUGAAGGAAGAGAGGGUGGAGUUCAUAAAAAUGAGAGCUGCAGCAGAGCUGGCGGACAUGGCGGCACCUGAAAGUGCACAAACAGAAGCAGCCUCCAUUUCAUCCCCAGCUGCUGAAGAUAAUCCAGAGCUUCCCUGUCCCCAUCCCACAAAGAAAACAAAGAAGAGUUUGGGUAGCUACUUCAAAAAGGCAGGUCAAGGUACCACCCACUCCCAGCCAAGCAGAGCAUUAAUUGAACUGGAGCUCUCCAUGUAUCUUCAGGCACCUGGUCCUGACACGGAGACUGACCCUCUGGAAUGGUGGAGGCAGCAUGAGUUGAGUUUCCCAUCGGUGGCCAGGCUCGCCAAGAAGUACUUAUGCAUUCCCGCUACUAGUUCUUCAUCUGAAAGGGCCUUCAGUGCGAGUGGGAACAUCAUCACAUGUAAGAGGUCAUGUCUUAAGCCAAACACAGUUGACCAACUUGUCUUCCUCGCACUCAACCUAUACAUUUGA